AUGUUCAAGAAGUUCGGCAAAGACGAGAUCCACUCGCGCUCUAAUAUCAAAUCUUCCGUGCAGAGAGGCUUGAAGUCCAAGUUCGUCUCGCAAUUCGAGGCCUUGGAGCCCGUCAUCGACGACAUUAUACCGAAGAAGUCCCAGGCCAUCUUGAUCAAAUGUGAAGACAAGAUUUCGUUAUAUUCCGUGGACGGCGAGGUAGUUUUGUUCCAACACUUCGAUGACUUAAUCCCCAUGUUGAGAAUCGUUCACAAGUACCCCCAGUGCUUCCCUUCUGUCCAAGUGGACAGAGGUGCCAUCAAGUUUGUCUUGUCUGGAGCCAAUGUCAUGUGUCCGGGGUUGACGUCUCCAGGAGCCAAGUUGCCAGAAGAAAACUUGGACGUUGACACCAUUGUUGCUAUCUAUGCCGAGGGUAAGGAGCACGCGUUGGCCAUUGGAAAGUUGACCAUGAGCACCGACGACAUCAAGUCCAAGAAUAAGGGUAUUGGCAUUGAGUUGUUGCACUACUUGGGCGACGGUUUGUGGAACCUUGAUGAAAGCAGCUAG